AUGAGGAUUUCUUCUCGCGACUGGUUUCUGUUGAUAUUCUCUGGCUUUUGGGGACUGACAAUGGGAGCUUUCCCGAGCAGCGUUCAGAUCGGUGGGCUGUUCAUCAGAAACACGGAUCAGGAGUACACGGCCUUUCGUUUGGCAAUCUUCCUGCACAACACCAGCCCGAACGCCUCGGAAGCCCCGUUCAACCUGGUGCCUCACGUGGACAACAUCGAGACGGCCAACAGCUUCGCCGUCACCAACGCCUUUUGCUCCCAGUACUCCCGUGGUGUCUUCGCCAUCUUCGGCCUGUACGACAAGCGCUCGGUCCACACGUUGACAUCCUUCUGCAGCGCCCUGCACAUCUCCCUGAUCACGCCCAGCUUCCCCACCGAGGGUGAGAGCCAGUUCACCCUGCAGCUCCGGCCAUCCAUCCGAGGUGCGCUCCUGUCCCUCCUCGACCACUACGACUGGAACAAGUUCGUCUUCCUGUACGACACCGACCGGGGAUACGCCAUCCUGCAGGCCAUCAUGGAGAAGGCGGGACAGAACAACUGGCAGGUCAGCGCCAUCUGCGUGGAGAACUUCAACGACGCCAACUACCGACGACUGUUGGAGGAUCUGGACCGGAGGCAGGAGAAGAAGUUUGUGAUCGACCUCGAGGCCGAAAGACUGCAGAACAUGCUGGAACAGAUCGUCAGCGUCGGGAAACACGUCAAAGGCUACCAUUACAUCAUGGCCAACCUGGGUUUUAAGGACAUCAACCUGGAGCGCUUCAUGCACGGUGGAGCCAACGUGACGGGCUUCCAGCUGGUCGACUUCAGCAACCCCAUGGUCAUCAAACUGAUGCAGCGCUGGAACAAGCUGGAUCAGAGGGAGUAUCCCGGCUCGGACGCCCCACCCAAGUACACGUCGGCGUUGACAUACGACGGGGUGAUGGUGAUGGCCGAGGCCUUCAGGAACCUGCGCAGGCAGAAGGUGGACAUUUCCAGGCGGGGGAACGCCGGCGACUGUCUCGCCAACCCCGCCGCCCCGUGGAACCAGGGCAUCGACAUGGAGCGCACUCUGAAACAGGUCCGGCUGCAGGGAUUAACAGGUAAUGUCCAGUUUGACCACUAUGGCCGCAGGGUUAACUACACUAUGGACGUGUUUGAGCUGAAGAAUAAUGGACCCAGACGGAUCGGUUACUGGAACGACGCAGACAAACUGGUGCUGAUCCAGGACUCUCCGCUGCUUCCAAAUGACACUUCUGGCAUGGAGAACCGCACAGUUGUAGUUACUACCAUCAUGGAGGGUCCCUAUGUGAUGCUUAAGAAGAACUGGGAGAUGUACGAGGGCAACGACCAGUACGAGGGAUACUGCGUGGACCUGGCCUCGGAGAUCGCCAAACACAUCGGGAUCAAGUACAAGAUCUCCAUCGUUCCCGACGGAAAGUACGGCGCCAGGGACCCAGAGACGAAGAUCUGGAACGGCAUGGUCGGGGAGCUGGUGUACGGGAAAGCGGAAAUCGCUGUGGCCCCUUUGACAAUCACGUUGGUCCGGGAGGAGGUGAUCGAUUUCUCCAAGCCCUUCAUGUCGCUGGGCAUUUCCAUCAUGAUCAAGAAGCCCCAGAAAUCCAAACCAGGGGUGUUCUCCUUCCUGGACCCGUUGGCCUACGAGAUCUGGAUGUGCAUCGUGUUUGCCUAUAUCGGCGUGAGCGUGGUGCUCUUCCUGGUCAGCCGCUUCAGCCCGUACGAAUGGCACACCGAGGAGCCCGAGGAGGGCACCGACGGUCCGCCAAGUGACCAGCCCCCCAAUGAGUUUGGUAUCUUCAACUCCCUCUGGUUCUCCCUGGGCGCUUUCAUGCAGCAGGGCUGUGACAUCUCCCCCAGAUCGUUAUCGGGACGAAUCGUGGGAGGAGUGUGGUGGUUCUUUACUCUCAUCAUCAUCUCGUCCUACACGGCUAACCUGGCUGCCUUCCUCACUGUGGAGAGGAUGGUCUCCCCCAUCGAGAGCGCGGAGGACCUGGCCAAGCAGACCGACAUCGCCUACGGCACUUUGGACUCUGGCUCGACCAAAGAGUUCUUCAGGCGGUCAAAGAUCGCCGUCUACGAGAAGAUGUGGGGAUACAUGAAGUCGGCCGAGCCCACAGUCUUCACCAAGACCACGGCCGAGGGCGUGGCUCGGGUCCGCAAGUCCAAAGGGAAAUACGCCUUCCUCUUGGAGUCCACUAUGAAUGAGUACACAGAGCAGCGCAAGCCGUGCGACACAAUGAAAGUGGGAGGCAACUUGGACUCCAAAGGCUACGGAGUAGCCACACCCAAGGGUUCACAGUUAAGAAGUGCAGUUAACCUGGCAGUGUUAAAACUCAAUGAGCAAGGCCUGUUGGACAAAUUGAAAAACAAGUGGUGGUACGACAAAGGAGAGUGUGGCAGCGGAGGCGGUGGCGAGAAGGACAAGUCGUCCCAGGCCCUCAGCCUGAGCAACGUGGCGGGGGUCUUCUACAUCCUCGUCGGGGGCCUGGGCCUGGCCAUGCUGGUGGCCCUCAUCGAAUUCUGCUACAAGUCACGCAACGAGGCCAAGAGAAUGAAGCUAACAUUUACUGAAGCCAUGAGGAACAAGGCCCGUCUGUCCAUCACGGGCAGCGUUGGGGAGAACGGACGGGUGCUGACGCCCGACUGUCCCAAGGCCGUUCACACCGGGCCUCCCCUCCGCCAGAGCUCCGGCCUCGCCCUGGUCUCCUCUGAGCUCCCGUGA